AAAGGAGGACACUUCCCAGAACAAUCUGAGAUGCAUGAAAAGCAAACAUUCACUAGAGCUGGAGCUGUACUAAGUCUGUACAGAGAUAAGUGGCGCAUUCGACCUUCACCAUGAUUAACAAGCAUUUCUUUGAAAUUGUGUUGGUGCUCUUGGCCUCUUCUACUCUCUUCUCCCUUGAACUCAAACUGGCUCUCUUCCAACAAAGAGUAAACAGAGGUUUAAAACUGUUGAAUAAAUUCCCCAAAUCAUCAGUUCAGCCGUGUCUGCCACACAGGACAAACUUCCUCCUUCCCCAGCAGUCUGUGAAUCGUCGCCGGUCCCAGAGUGGACAGGCCCUGGCCAUUCUGCAUGAGAUGCUUCUGCAGACCUUCAGCCUCUUCAGGGCAGGUAUUUCUCUGGAUGGUUGGGAGGAAAUCCCGUGGAGAAUUUUCCUCACUGAACUUCAUCAACAGCUGGAAUACCUAGGGGCCCUCAGAGGCCUGGGAGCAGAGCAGAACAGCGGUGUCUUGAGUGGUGGGAACUCUAGGAUGCAGGUUAAAAAGUACUUCCGGAGGAUCCACAAUUACCUGGAAAACCAGGAGUACAACAGCUGCGCCUGGACCAUUGUUUGAGUAGAAAUCAACCGGUGUCUGUUCUUUGUAUUCCAGCUAGUAAGAAAGCUAAGCAAACAAGAAACAGAUUCCUUCCAAGUGGAGCAAGAGCCAUCUCCAGGCUUUAAAAGCAGAGGGUAGACAGAGGGGUGGGAGGGCUUUUCUGGACUCUAUUUUUCUUUUUGUCAUAAACUGGUAGUAUUGUUUUGGUUUUAUGUGGAGAUAUAUAUAUAUAUACAUAUUUUUUUUUAAUCUGUCCUUUAAGAUCAUGCAUACUGACUACAAUCGUCUGUAACUUGUAAUGUCACUUUGUAUCUUUGAUUUGUCUUAAGUUUUAUGAGUUAAAGUAGAUUCAUUAAUAUUUCAUAACUGGUUCUUCAGAUGGGUAUAUUUUCAUACAAGUUGACCAGGUAAAUAAAACGAAAUGUGUCCCCAGUGUAAUAAUACUUUUCUUGACAUAGAACAUCCAUUCCAAUGAUUUCUUUGCCAGAACUUGGUAGACACAAUGAGAAAUAACUAGGGAUAAUGUGCACUGUAAGAUUUGAAAAUAUCAAUACACACCAAAUGCAUGAAAAGAGAUUCAACCUCACUCAUAAUAAUAAGAAAUACAGAUUAAAAGUGAGUAACAUGCCAUUUAUACCAGAUGGGUGAAGGCCCACACUCUAUGGAGAUUUGGGGGAGGGAUGCUCUUAUAAUUUGCCAGAGCACUGGAAAUUGGUAAGAUCACCAUAAAGGCAAUUUGGUGAUACCUAUUAAAAUUAUAGUUUUUUGAUCCAUAAAUUCUGGGUUUGAAAAUUAUCUUAUAAA